GAAACUUGAACGGGGUCUCGCACUAGAACCUGAUACACGCGCAGGUAACUGAAGUAUUUCCCAUUGUCCUGCAUCCAGACCUAUAUAAAUCGAGCCUGGCCGACAGCACGAACCACAUAUCGCCCUUCUGCUCUUCUGCAUCAGCGGCUGGUCGAGACCUCCACAAGCGGUUUAACAUGUCUCUGAAUUCUAUCCUUUCUUCGGAUGCCAUUGAAGCAGCGCUGAAAGACUGCCAAGCUCCAGACUCCUUCAACCAGAAAAAGUUCUUCCAGCUGUGCGGCCUGACCAAGAAGUCGCCCCAGGAGGUGAAGGAUGUGUUCCGCAUCCUGGACAACGACGCCAGCGGCUUCAUCGAGGAGGAGGAGCUGAAGUUCUUCCUCCAGCGGUUCUCGCCCUCGGCCCGGGUGCUGACGGCCGCCGAGACCAAGAACUUCCUCUCCGCCGCGGACGACGACAAGUUGUAUGCCCCUCGGAGGCGCUGUAAGCAGCCCGUCUGCAGGACGUGGUGGAAUGUCUUCGCUCGGCCGGCGCUGUCCUCGGAGGUGAACCGUGUCUUCCCGCGUCUUCUCUUUCCCCAACCAGCUCCAGACUCCUUCAACCAGAAAAAGUUCUUCCAGCUGUGCGGCCUGACCAAGAAGUCGCCCCAGGAGGUGAAGGAUGUGUUCCGCAUCCUGGACAACGACGCCAGCGGCUUCAUCGAGGAGGAGGAGCUGAAGUUCUUCCUCCAGCGGUUCUCGCCCUCGGCCCGGGUGCUGACGGCCGCCGAGACCAAGAACUUCCUCUCCGCCGCGGACGACGACAACGACGGGAAGAUCGGAUGUGAAGAAUUCCAGGCUAUGGUGCUUUCCUGAAGGCCCGGGGCAUGAUGGGCAGAGGGACAGCACAGGGAAGCGCCCCUCUCCAGCCCAGAGGGAUUAAACCAGCUUCCUCCCUCCCUCCCUCCCCGGCUCUGGAUUGGGAAGACCUUCCCGGACCAGAUCGGAGCUAUGCCUUUUUGGAAUACAUUGCCGACAAGCAUGGCCGCCCAACCUCUGCUUGAGACAAUGUACAAGUGAAUUACUCUAUAAUAAUAAAAAAAUAAAUUGUAAUAUCCGUG